GGCUCUUCAGCUUUUGUUCGCCAUCGUGGUAACUGCGCCUAUCUGUGCUUCUAAUCAUGUCUUCUCCCAAGACUUUCAGAAUCAAGCGGUUUCUGGCCAGGAAACAAAAGGAAAAUCGCCCCAUUCCCCAGUGGAUUUGGAUGAAAACUGGUAACAAAAUCAGGCACAACUCCAAGAGAAGACACUGGAGGAGAACCAAGCUGGGUCUGUAAGGAAUUGCACCAGAUGCCCACAUAUUUAUGCUCUUCCAUGAACCAGUCAAGCCGAAA